GACUGGGUUGGCAUACAUCGAUUAUAAGGUGUUAAAGGUAAAGGCUUUGUCCAAUUAAAAUUACGCACGUUGGCCCACUUCACCUCCAUUUGUCAAAAACUCAAACAUAGCAAGUUCCUAAAUUUUCUAAAACAAGGAUUAACCCUCUACCAAAUCUGAGAAUCACAUCAUUUAUCUGAACACAAAAUCAACGAAACAUUUAUUUCAAUAAUUUUCUUCAUUGAGGUUUGAAUACCUAGACUUUACGCGCUAAGCCCGUUACGUCUAAAAUGACUAACGUCAAUAUUCAAUAUGAUAACGCGCUACUGGGUAUUCUCCAAAACGAAGGGAAGUUAGAGAAGUUUUUAGAUGUGAUAUUCGGGUUCUUAAUGCGCAGGACCGACUUUUUCUAUAUUAUGACACCAGAACAAAAAAAAAUAGGUUUCCCACCUGGUGUGAGCAUCGAAAUGAUUCUUAAGGCUUACGAGAAAUAUAAAACAAUAUUUGAGGGUUACCAGCGUCAUCGUCAACUAGACACCAACCAACCAACCAAAAUUGUAGAAUCAGUCACCAAAGAAGAACCAAAACAGUCAAAUACCACUGACUUACCGUCAAACGAUGAUAAAAAAGUAUCUGGGUGUCCAUCAAGCGUUACAAACUUAACAUCGAAAAGUGAAGAAAAUGAUGAAUUUAAAGUUUAUCAGGCAGAUCCCGAUUGCUACAACGGAGCCAAUAGAGAUAAAUACACAUGGAGCCAGACUAUCAAGGAUAUUGAUAUUAAAAUAAAGAUACCAGAAAACGUGGAUGCUCGCAAUAUUUCUGUUAAUAUUGAACGCAAACAUAUUCGUGUUUCAAUUCAAAAAGACAAGAAAGAAAUUUUUUGUUUCGAUGGGGAUUUGUGUUGGGAGAUUCACAAGAAUGAUGCUAUCUGGACCUUCCACUCCAAAGAAAAUCAAAUCCAGCUGUGUCUUGACAAGGUUCAGGAACGGUGGUGGGAAGCUGCUUUUGACGGAGAAGACAAACUAAACACACGGAAAAUCGAUUGCUCUCGGCCUAUGCACGAACUAGACGAUGAGGCGCAGGCUAAAAUCCAACAGUUAAUGUACGAUGAACAGCGCAAACGCCAAGGACUACUUACUAGCGAACAAGAAAAAAUGAAAAACAUACUCGCCAAUGCUUGGAACAAAGAGGGUUCACCUUUUCGAGGAACUCCGUAUGACCCUAGUCAAGUCAAAAUAGACGGCACAAGUAUGCACAUUCAAACCCAACCGAUGUGAAGAUGAACCAAAGAGAACAAUUAUAUUAACUCCAUGUAUAAGGUUCAUAGAAGUCAAAAUAUGUUGAAAUCGUAAAACUGUUUUGGUGAUACUAAAUAAAAAAGCGAAUUUCUUAUCCCUACUAUUAA